AUGGAUAAGUGGGCCGCCAAGCUGUCCCAGGACGCUCUCCUGGUGCUCACAGGCCUCCCUCGCGGGUCUGAGUUCGGGUUCGACGGCCGGCUCUGGGUCCUCGACCGCUUCUCGGGCGUCAAGUUCCUCCCCGCCGGCCUGCACUUCUUCGUCUUCUCCGCCGCCCCCACCUCGUCCUCCUCGUCCCUCCCGACCACCGACCCCGCCUCGACCGCACAAGGUGUCGGCGCACGGCAUGCCCUCCUGCGCUUCUUCCGCAAAAGCGAGCGCGUCGUCCUCGAGUGGGACAACGCCCGCGAGGAGCUCAAGCGUGGACCGGCGGCCGGCUCGUCGACCAGGCGCAGGCGCACGACCCGGCAGGCGCACGCCGACGUCGCGCGCGACACGGUCAUCUCUGAGGAGUACCUCCAGAGCCUCGACAAGAGCCUCGCGGCGUACCCGGCCGACGAGCUGCGCGACCAGUGGGCGGCGCUCGCCGGGUUCGUGACCGAGGACACGCUCGCGAGGGUCGUCGGGCUCGACGAGCAGGCGUGCGCGACGUGCGACGCGCUCGUGGGCAGCUCGCAGGACGAGGCGGGUGCGGUGCAGGGCGGGUCGAGCGCGAGGAGGACGUGGGGCAAGGCGCGCGAGGACGAGCCCGAGGUGGGCGAGGUCGUCGACGAGGAGGGCGAGGACGGCGCGGCGGCACCCGCAGACUCGGGCCUGCUCGAAUUUGUGCGCUUUGACGACAAGCGGAGCUGGCCAGGAGGGGCGGUCGGCGCCGACCUCACGAGGUGGAGCAAGGACAAGAGCUGGCAGCUGAGCAGGGUCGUCGAGGAGCAGCUUGGUGGCGACCCGAAGGAGCUCCUCGCCGAGCUGCAACUCGCCUUCGUCCUCUUCACCCUCGUGCACAACUACUCGUCCCUGUCGACCUACAAGGCCCUCUUCGCCCUCGUCUGCCGCGCCUCGACCCUCGCACGACCUUCCUCUCGCCGAGACGCCGCAUCGCCGUACACUCGCGACCUCCCCGCCGACUCGGCGCUCCCCCUCUUCGCCUCGUUCCUGUCGACCUUCCUCGCCCAGGUCGACUUCCUCGACGAGUCGUUCUUCGCGACACAGCUCCCGUCACUGGAGCAGCACCUCGACGAGGCCGUCGCGGGCGUCUGGCGCGAGGUCGUCAAGCGGUGGGACGCUGUCGCUAAGUUGACGACGGCGAAGUUCGGGUGGGAUUUGGGCGUGAUUCGUGGGAGCCGGGCCAAGUACCUGUCGGCGAGCGGGCGGUCCAAGCGGGACGAGGACGAGGUCGACCUCGAGGACCUGGAGGAGGGGGAGGAUGCGCCGGUCGUGCUGGACGACGACGCGCUGCACGACUUGUACUAGCUGGCGACGAGGGCGGUGAGCAACGCGAGCGAGCUGUUUGCCCUCCCCGCUGCCGGACUUCGCCGUGAGGGAGAGAUUGACCCGGCCCUCCGCAUCUCACCGCUCGACGACCUCGUCAGCUGCGAGGCUACUCGCGCGCUCGAUAGACCUCGGGCGCACACUGCAGCACAGCGCGGCCGCCGUCACUCGCCUCGCGAG